AUGGCAUUCAUAUACAUUGGAAGUUCAUUUUUGAUGAUACUCUUAACUGUAAAAUCUGAUAAUUGUACAAUUCGAGAUCAUUGUUUAAAUGGUAUAGAAAUAUUCAAUUCAAACAUAAUUUCUCAACGUAAUUGCUUUUGUGAUGAAAUAUGUUCAAUAUAUGGUGAUUGCUGCGAAGAUUUAAAGGCAACGUUUUACGGUAAUAAUAAGAUAAAAGAACUUGAAAUUGAUCAUGAAUGUGUGGAUUAUAAUUAUCCAAUUCGUCGUAAACAACGUCGAUUUUAUGAAAUGACAAUGCAUCCCGUUUGGAUGAUUACCGGUUGUCAAAAAAAAUAUUAUGGUACAAAAUUAGAUAAACAAUGUCAAAGUUAUAAGAAAGAUCAUUUUAAUGAACAACCAGACGCUUAUAUACCAUGGACAAGUAAUCGUACAAAUUUAACCUAUCGAAAUAUAUAUUGUGCUUUAUGCAAUAAUCAAAAUAAUUUUUUACAAUCAUGGAUUUAUAAACCAGAAUGUGAUUCAUCUUUGACAUUUCCAACAAUAAUUAAUAAUAUUACAGAAAUAUAUCAAUUUUUAAAUUGUAAUAAUCAUUAUCUAACUUAUCCAUCAGUAUUUAUAAGAUUUUGUAAGAAGAUUAUUUUAAAUCAAUCAUGUUCAGAUAUACGUUGUCAGUCAAUCAAUGCUUAUCGAUAUAUUUCAUAUAAAUAUGGUCCAUCAGCUAUUGUUCAAAAAAUUUUUCGAAAUAAAUAUUGUUUACAAUGUUAUGAUAAGAAUAUAUCCUUAUCAGAGUCAUGUUUUGAUCAAAUCAAUUUACAAUUAAAUCGUUCGUCUGGUGAACAAAUAACUGGUACUCAAUUACUACAAUUAUCUAUUUUAUUUAAUCCAGAGAUAUUGAAAAUUCGUCUAACUGAUACUUCAAAUAAGACAGUAAAAUCUAAUACGAAUCAAUAUUUCAUAAAUUAUCCAUGUAAUCCAAAUCUUUAUCAAUUAUAUGAUUUAGUUUUAAAAGAGUGUAUCUCAAUCAGUAGCAAUAAUGAUAGACAAUUAUUAAAAGCAAUCAAAUGUCUACAGCCUGUUCGAAUUCAUAAACGUUAUUUAAAAGAAUUGAACAAUGGCAGCAUGACAAUAAAGAGUUAUUCCAUUAUAUUGAAUUCAAAUGAUUUUAUUUAUCAAUCAGAUGGAAAUGAGAUCAUUUUCUGUGGUGAAGAGUAUCCUCAAAUAUUAUAUUUUUACAAUAAUAUAAUACGAUCAAUUGUUUCCUAUAUUUGUACAAUCGUUUCAUUAUCAUGUUUAUUACUAUUUAUGGUAUGCUAUUGUACAAUUCCAGUACUCCAUAAUUUACCUGGUCAGUAA